AUGCCGUCGACCGUUGCCCAGCAUACGGUCAGUCGGGGCAUCACAUCACGACCCGAACGAUCCUGGUGGGAUAUGCUUGCCAGAAGCACGCACAAGCGAGCAGCUACGGCUCAUAUGCCGGAGGCCAGUCAUAUUCCGACUCGGGGUACUAUAGCAACCAGUCCCGAGAUGGCUCCUACAGUCACCGUCGAUGAAAAGUGUUGUCUUCGACCUAAACCGAAAAGGUGGUCGCCGUCCCGUCGGCCCUCUCAGCUAUCGUUGCUGUUCGUAGGCCACGACCGCAUAAUGUCAACGUCGGCUCCCCCCGCCCUAUAA